AUGCUAGUAACCCACAUCAAGAGACUCCGGGAAGUCGCUAAAGAUGACAUCACUUUCACGGAAGAGUACACUGAUGGAUUGUUGCUACCGCACAACGAUGCAUUAGCAAUCUCUUUAAAUGUAUUAGAUUAUAAAAUCAAGCGUGUUCUAGUGGAUCCAGGGAGUUUGGCCAAUAUUAUACAAUGGAGCAAGCUUGACAACCCGAUGAGAGAUCCGCCGCCCACGAAUGCCGAAGGGGUGAUGAAGACGACCAUUUUCGAGGUUGUGGAUGGUGAUGUGGGCUACAGUAUUAUCCUGGGAAGACCAUGGUUGCACGAGAUGAAGGUUGUGCCAUCGACAUAUCACCAGUUGCUGAAAUUCCCAACUCCCGACGGAAUUGAACAAAUAAGAGGUGACCAACCAGCGACAAGGGAGAUGAAUGCAAUUUUGGUCUUCAGUAGCAAAGGGAUGGAGCAUGCGGCAUAG